AACCAUCACCAUCCUCGUCGUCCUCGUUACUUACCGGUCACCCCUAACCACGCGCAUGCCAUCAACCCAUACACAUCACCAUGUACAGAACUAAUCACCCAUGGUGGAAGCUCACUCACAUUCUCUGUAUCCUCGGCCACCUCGGACUGAUAAUAGCCGGCGUCGUGGCCUUCAUCCACAACCUGCAGAGCGAGGCCGACAAUUUAGACACCACAUUACAGCAACCAACGACAAUAGUCAUGAACAUGUCGGAUGACCAAACAGUCAUUAACUCUGAUACCAAGUCAUGCAACAUUGUACUGGUACAGGGCCUGGGCAAUGGUGUUGAUGGAAAGAGUGGAAGUGGGCAUAGCAAUUUUGGGAUUAUUGUCAAUGAGCUGUUGCCGGUUGCUUCGGUCAUUGUGGGAACUAUAGGACUAAUUCUCAACAUCGGGAUUUUUGCCGCUCUCCUCGCCGUCGAGACCACCUCUGCUAAAGUCACCCUCACAGAAGGCGAGCAACACUGGCGCAAGAAGAUUGUGACAGUCUCCUGCUGCGUGUUUAACUUGCUCCUUGCUGGUGCAGGGAUAGGGUUAGCGGGAGCCAUGGGGAUCAGGUUGUCUAAUGUUGGUGGUAGGCAGUUGGGCAUGAGUGAGAGCGAAAGGAGUUUGAUUGCUCCUUUGGUCUUGGGUGCUGUGCAGGCUCUACUCUGCGUAAUAACAGCACUGUUCGACUUUAUCAAGAAUCAUCGAGAAGGAAAAGAUCUCAUCGACUAAACUAGUUAGAGGGAGGAGAUUGAACUCAGGAUGUGGAAGGCGAGCAGCACAAGGUGCAGCAUACGAGGAUAAGCGGUGCAUAAGCAGGUAUAGAGUUCAAACUGGAUGUAAAAGGGUGCUGUUUAUGGUUGCAUAUGGGUUUAUUUUAAUGAUUCUACGGUGUUCAGGUAUGGAGUUGGGCGGAAUACUUAU